ACAAAAUGUUGAGUAAGCGUCAGUGAUUGGCUACCUCAACACAGAGCCUUCUCUCAGACCCUCUAUUUAAAGCCCCCUUAACCAAAGACUGGCAUUCGCCUUUCACCAUGAGGGGAAUCCUUUUAGCCUUAACUCUCGCCCUUGUGGGCAGCCAACAGGUGAAGUAUGAGCCUAAUUUCAGUAGCAGCAAGACCUAUGAGUACACAUAUGAAGGCCUGAUUCUGACAGGACUCCCUGAGAAGGGUUUGGCAAGAGCUGGUCUGAAAAUUAAUUCAAAAGUACAAAUCAGUGAAGUGGCACAACGGACAUUCAUGCUCAAAAUUAUAAACCCAGAAAUUCAGGAAUAUAAUGGUGUCUGGCCAAAAGCUACCUUCUAUCCAGCAACAAAAUUAACGCAAGCUUUGGCUAGGCAACUGACAGAACCCAUCAAAUUUGAGUACAGCAAUGGACGAGUUGGGAAUAUCUAUGCACCAGCAGACGUCUCUGAUACUGUUGUCAACAUCCAGAGGGGUAUUUUGAACAUGCUCCAAGUAACUAUCAGGAGCACACAAAAUGUCUACGAACUCCAGGAGGACGGCAUUGCUGGUACCUGUCAUUCAAGCUAUGUUGUACAAGAAGUCAAGAGAUCUAACAAGAUUGUUGUCACAAAAUCCAAAGAUCUGAACAACUGUGAUGAAAAAGUUAUAAAGAAUAUUGGCACUCGCUUUAUGCAGCACUGCAACAUUUGUGACCAGAUUGGCAGAAACGCUAAAGCUACUGCAGCAUACACAUAUAUCCUGAAGCCAACAGAAUUUGGUGCUUUAAUCACCGAAGCAACCACUCAGGAAAUACAUCAGUUCUCACCAUUUAAUGCAAUGAAUGGAGCAGCUAUAACUGAAGCAAGGCAGAAGCUUAUUUUGGUGGAUGUUAAAGCAAUUCACAACAAUGUACCAGAGCAGCAGUUUCAGAAUCGAGGGUCAAUUAAGUAUGAAUUUGCCACAGAAAUUCUUCAAACUCCCAUUCAGUUAUUGAAGACAAAGAGCCCUGAGUCCAAAAUCAAGGAAAUCCUACAGCAUCUGGUGCAGAACAAUCAUCAGGAAGUUCACAGAGAUGCUCCUGCCAAGUUUUUGGAGCUCACACAGCUCUUCCGUGCCAGCACUUAUGAAAAUAUUGAGGGCAUCUGGAAGCAAUAUGAGAAUACACCACAGUACAGACGAUGGAUUCUGGACACAUUACCUGCAACUGCGACACCAAAUGCAUUCAAAUUUAUUAUCCAGAGAGUUGUGAAAAAGGAUCUCACCAUUGCUGAAGCAGCACAGACAUUGGUAAUGGCUAUGUUAGCUGUCAAAGUUGAUCACCAGACAAUGCAAUUGGCAGCGGAUCUUAUUGAAGACAACAGUGCCAUAAGAGCACCUGCACUUUACAAACAUGCAGUUUUGGCUUAUGGAUCUAUGGUGUUCAAAUAUUGUGCAGAAAGCAGCAGUUGCUCUGAAUCUGCUUUGAAGCCCCUGCAUGACUUAGCCGCAGAUGCUACAGCAAGAGCUCAUGAAGAGGAGAUUGUUCUUGCCUUGAAGGCCAUUGGCAAUGCAGGACAGCCUGCCAGCUUAAAGCGUAUUCAGAAAUUUUUGCCAGGCUUUGCCUCUGGAGCAUCACAGCAUCCAGUCAAGAUUCAAGCAGAUGCUGUAAUGGCUCUGAGGAAUAUUGCCAAGAAAGAACCAAGAAAGGUACAAGAGAUUGUCCUUCAACUAUUCAUGGAUCACAAAAUCCACCCAGAAGUUCGAAUGGUAGCCUCAGUGGUCUUGUUUGAAUCUGAGCCCUCCGUGGCGCUGGUCACAGCCGUUGCUGAAGCAUUGCUGAAGGAGUCCAGUCUACAAGUGGCUAGUUUUGCAUACUCUCAGAUGAAGGCCCUUUCAAGAAGCACUGCAGCAGUUAACUACAAAGUGUCUUCUGCCUGCACUAUUGCUCUGAAGAUGCUAAGCUCCAGGCUUGACAGACUUAGCUAUCGAUACAGCAAGGCCUUAUAUACCGAUACGUACCAAUAUUCACUUAUGGCUGGCCUGGCUGCAAAGCUCUAUAUCAUCAACAAUGCAGCUAAUAUUAUACCAACUGCAGUUAUGGCAAAAUUCAAAAUACAUCUUCUUGGUGCCACAGCUACUCCUCUGGAGGUUGGACUGAGAGCAGAGGGACUUCAAGAGGCUUUAACACGAAAUCAUGAGGACAUAAACAGCUUCCCUUCACCUAGAAAGAUUGAACAGAUUGUGAAGAAGAUCAGUGGAUGGAAGUCUAUACCAUCAGAAAAAACCUUGGUAUCUGCCUAUAUCAAACUUUUUGGACAAGAAGUAUCUUUUGCUCAUUUGGAUAAGAAAUACAUUCAAGAAGCCCUGCAGGCAGUCCGCGAGCCAGUAGCAAAGCAGUCCUUCAUGUGGUCAAUGAUCCAACAGAUUCAGAGAGGAAUUUCUACAGAGUGGUCCAAACCCAUGCUUGCUGCCGAAAUGCGAAGAAUUGUACCCACCUGUGUCGGCUUCCCAAUGGAAACAAGCCUCUACUCAGCUUCAGUUGCAACCAUUGCUGUCAAUGCUCAAGCUCAAAUCACACCUACACCUAGCAGCGAUUUCCAUGUGGCUCAGUUGAUGAAUUCCAACAUUCAGCUUCGCUCUGAUAUCUCACCAAGUGUUGGUGUGCAUACAGUUGCAAUGAUGGGCAUCAAUACUCAUGCUGUUCAGUCUGGAGUGGAGUUAUAUACCAAAGUACAUACAAGAGUCCCCAUGAAAUUUACUGCCAAGCUUGACAUGAAAGAAAAUAAUUUCAAGAUAUCAUCAGAACCAUGUCAACAGGAAACUGAACUCAUUUCUGUAAGGGCGCAUGCAUAUGCUGUAUCACGAAAUAUUGAAGAUCUUGAUGAUGCAAAAGAGACUCCUGUCUUACCUGAUGAUGCAGAGACUGAUAUUUUGAAAGAAAAGUUCAACCCAGAAGUAGUAGCAUCAACUGAAAGGGAAAGAGCUGGCAGAAUAGCAAGACUGUCUGCUGAAAUGAUGUCCCAAGAUCUGCCAAACACUGCAGAGCAUCAGUCACGCCGAUAUUCCAAAUCAUCUGUCAGUUUCUGUAGCAAAGCUAAAAACUAUGGCUUUCAAGUAUGUCUCGAGUCUAAAUCAGAAAAUGCUGCAUAUAUCAGGAGGAGUCCUCUAUACCACCUUGCUGGGCAUCAUGUUUGUAAAAUUCUUCUAAAACCAGCACACACUUCUGAUUCAACUGUGGAAAAGAUUGAAUUUGAAUUACAGACAGGCCCCAAAGCAGCAUCCAAAAUCAUUAAAACAUUUUCUAUGGUUGAACUGCCUGAGGCAGGAGAAGCCGGAGACAAGAUCCUGUCUAAACUAAAGACUAUCCUCACAGCAGAUGACCGAGCUGAGGCCGCAAAUAAUGGCACUACAUUGAAAAAGAAGUCUUCCAGCUCGUCCUCCAGUUCAUCCUCCAGGUCUUCAUUCAAGUCAUCUUCCAGUCAGUCAAGCAGCCAGUCCAGUUCCCUAGAAACCGAAGCUACUGAUAAUCUGGAGAAGGCUGAAGGAGAAGUUGAUCUGAAUAAUCGCAAGUAUUCACAGAGGAAAUCUCAAAAGAAGCAGCAACAGAAAAAGCAACAAGUUCGAAGCCGAUGGUCCAACAAGAAGAGCAGCAGCAGUAGUAGUAGCAGCAGCAGCAGUAGCAGCAGCAGCAGUGACGACAGCAGCAGCAGCAGCAGCAGUAGCAGCAGCGCCAGCAGCAAUUCAAACAGAAAACAUUAUUCUAAAAUGCCAAGACCAGCUAGAAGGCAUAUGACAAACACCAGUUCAUCCAGCAGUGAAUCGUCAAGUUCAUCUUCAGAAGAGAACAAUCGCAAUCCAGAAAUCUAUGAUUACAAAUUCAGAGCACAUAAUUAUAUGGAGAGUAAAUUAGGCAGCCGAGUAAGAGUGUCAUCUGAGAGCAGUAGCAGAAGCAGCAGCAGUAGCAGUAGCAGCAGCAGCAGCAGUCAGAUGAUGUUUACGUCAAAGCAGUUUAAAUACAUGGGAGAUUCCUCUUCGCCAGUGUUUGUCAUUGUGGCUCGCGCCAUAAAGAGUGAUGGAAAGCAACAAGGUUAUCAAGUGGCUGGUUAUGCUGACUUAACUGCUCCAAAACCCCGAGUCCAAGUGAUGGCAGCUGACAUCACAGAGAGGAGCAAGUGGCAAGUCUGUGCUGACGCCUUGAUGGCAAAUGACUACAAAGGAAUGGCCAUUGUGAGAUGGGGUCAGGAAUGCCAGGACUACAGAAUGGCAAUGCAACUGGAAACUGGUCGCUUAGCAAACCACCCAUCUGUGAAACUGACAACAAAAUGGUGGAGAAUCCCCAGCUCUGCAAGGAAAGCCUACAAAAAGUUUGGUGAAAACGUUAAAGGAAUGGCACUGUUCAUGGGCUUCGCACAGAAAGAGCAGAAUAAUCCAUCUAGCCAGUGUUCAAUCAUCUUUGCACUAACUUCACCAAGGACUAUUGACACUAUCAUCAAGACACCAAAGCUGACUUUAUUCAAAAGGGCCGUCCAGAUUCCGUUUGCAGUACCACAGCCAGCUCUUAGCACGGAACAGAAGCCUGCAGGACUGCUGCACAGCAUCACUGAAAUCCCAACACUGAUUGCAGAAGCCAGCAGAUCGGAGUGUUCUGCAUCACAAAACAAAUUCGACACUUUUGAUGAUGUCCGGUUUACGUAUGCUCUUCCCAAAUCUUGCUACCACAUCCUAGCUCAGGAUUGUAGGACCAAACCUGAAUUUACAGUGUUGCUGAAACGAACAUCUGUGGGAGACAAUUUAGCAGCUCUGAAUAUUCGAAUCCGUGACAAAGAUAUUGAAAUGUUACCCACAAGCCAUGGCCAUCUGAGACUGCUGAUUGACAACAAUGAGAUGCCACUGUCCCGGCUACCAUACACGGACUCCUCAGGCUCAAUUGAGAUCAAGAAAGAAGAUAAAUUCCUCGUUGUAUUGGCAUCAAAGUGUGGCUUAGAAGAAGUGAAGUUCAAUGGCGAGAAAGUAAAGGUCACCGUGGCGUCCAGUAUGAGAGGGAAUACAUGUGGAAUGUGCGGCCGCAAUGAUGGGGAAAGCAGACACGAAUUCAUGAUGCCCAAUGGACAUCUGGCCAAGUCGUCCAGCAUGUUUGGCCACUCAUGGAUAAGACAAGGAGAGAAAUGUCAGAAAGGUUGUAACGUGAAGCAUGAACAUAUUGAUCUUGGCAAAGUGAUUUCCCUGUACGGAGAGCCAUCAAAAUGCUACUCGACUGAACCAGUCCUACGAUGUGAGGAAGGCUGCUCGCCAGUCGAAAGCACUACAGUCACAGUUGGGUUCCACUGCCUCCCAACAGGCACAUCUGUCAGCCCAGCACAAUACAGUAGCUUUGCUGAAAAGAGUGAAGACAUGGAACAUUCGGUGGAAGCCUAUACUGAAUGCUCGUGCCCCGCUGAUUUGUGCGCCGAAGCUUGUCAUAAUCGGGACCAAAGAAGUAUAAAGGUGAGCCUGAGUGGACUAAUUGCAGUGAAAAACAAGAAGCAAGAAACUGAAAAAAAAAAACACAAGACACAGAGAUGCGCAUGCACAAGUGAGCAGGCAGAAGUGUAUAUAAACCCAGGCAUCAUGCAGCGAAAUCACUUUUCUUCCACCAUGAGAAGAUUGGUGAUAGCACUGACCAUUGCCCUUGUGGCAUGUCAGCAGAUCAACCUUGAUCCCCAGUUCAGUGAAAGUAAGACCUACAUGUACAAAUAUGAGGCGCUUCUUUUGGCUGGGCUUCCGGAGAAAGGCUUAGCACGUGCCGGUCUGAAGAUUACCAGCAAAGUACAGAUCAGUGGGGUUGCUCAGAAAACAUAUCUCCUUAAGGUUGUUGAUCCCCAAGUCUAUGAGUACAAUGGCAUCUGGCCCAAGGAUCAGUUUGCACCAACUGAAAAAGUUACCAGGCUAUUGGCAUCUCAACUCCAAAAUCCCAUCAAAUUUGAAUAUAGCAAUGGUCGUGUGGGAAACAUCUAUGCUCCUGAAGAUGUAUCAGAAACUGUGGUCAACAUCCAAAGAGGAAUUCUGAAUUUGCUUCAAUUGAACAUCAAGAAGACACAAAAUGUGUAUGAGCUGCAGGAGGCUGGAAUUGGAGGCGUCUGCCAAACAAACUAUUUGAUUCAGGAGCAACAAAAGGGAAAUCGUAUCAUUGUCACCAAAAGCAAGGAUCUCAACAACUGUGAGGACAGAGUCAGGAAGGACAUUGGCAUGGCCUAUGCUGAACAUUGUGCCUACUGUCAACAGAGAGGAAAGAACCUACGGGGUGUAGCUGCCUACAACUACGUCAUGAAACCCACAGACUCAGGAGCACUGAUCAUUGAAGCUACUGCUCAGGAGGUCCAUCAGUACACUCCAUUCAAUGAAGUUUUGGGUUCUGCUCAAGUGGAAGCUCGGCAAAAUCUUGUAUUUGUGGAACUCCGCAGUAGCCCAGUAAGGCCAGCUGAUUCUGAAUAUCAGGAUCGAGGAUCUCUCCAGUAUGAGUUUUCAUCCGAAGUUCUUCAAACACCAAUUCAGCUCACCAGGAACAAAAACCCUGAAACACAAAUCACAGAGACCCUAACACAUCUGGUUCAGCACAAUCAGCAGCAUGCCCAUCCAGAUGCUCCUGCCAAGUUCCUUCUGCUUACCCAGCUGUUACGCUCUGCCAACCAUCAAAAUAUUGAGGCCAUCUGGAAACAGUUUGAAAACAGAAAAGAUUUCAGGCGCUGGGUCUUAGAUGCCAUUCCUGCUGUUGGGACUGCUUAUGCUCUGAGGUUCAUCAAGGAAAAGAUUCAGGAAAAUGCCAUCACUGAAAUGGAAGCUGCUCAGGCUCUGAUCACCGCCUUGCACCUAACAAAAGCAGAUCAUGAGACCAUGCCUUUUGCACAAGCUCUUGCUAACUCUCGCCAUAUUCAGCAGUCACCAGUCCUCCGUAAAAUCACAAUGCUUGGCUACGGUUCUAUGGUUUACAAAUUCUGCUCUUUGCAUCAAAGCUGUUCCGAUAAUGUCUUACAGCCCCUUCAUGACUUCGCUGCUGACGCUGCCAGCAAAGCCCACCAGGAAGAUAUUGUUCUUGCUCUGAAAGCUUUGGGCAAUGCAGGCCAACCAGCCAGCCUGAAGCGCAUUCAGAAGUUCCUACCUGGGUUUUCCUCUGGUGCUUCACACAUGCCAGUCAAGGUGCAAGUGGAUGCAGUGAUGGCUCUGAGAAACAUCGCCAAGAGAGAACCCAAGAAGGUCCAAGAUAUCACUCUUCAGCUUUUUAUGGAGAAACAACUGCACCCUGAAGUCCGAAUCAUGUCUUGUAUAGUCUUGUUUGAAACCAGGCCCACUAUAGCAGUCGUGACCACAUUAACUGAAGCCCUGUUGAAGGAAACAAGUCUUCAAGUUGCCAGCUUCACCUACUCACACAUGAAGGUUCUUACCCGAAGUCGUCUGCCUGAUUACCGCCCUGUUGCUGCUGCCUGCAAUGUAGCUAUUAAGCUGCUGAGCCCAAAGCUUGACCGUCUCAGCUACCGUUACAGCAAAGCUAUGCGUAUUGAUACCUUCAGUAAUGAGAUAAUGGCUGGAGCUGCUGCAAACAUCUUUGUAAUCAACAAUGCUGCUAGCAUCCUGCCCACUGCUGUGGUGUCCAAAAUCAGAGCCUAUGUUGCAGGAAGUGCAGCAGAUUUUCUGGAGGUUGGUGUUCGAACAGAAGGGCUGCAAGAUAUCAUUAUGAAAAGACAACAGCAAGACAUUAACCCUGCUAGGAUUAACAAAAUUCAGAAUAUACUGAAAGCACUUUCUGGAUGGAAGUCUUUGCCCUCUAAUAAACCCAUUGCUUCUGCAUACAUCAAACUGUUUGGACAAGAGGUUUCUUUUGCUGAACUUGACAAGAAUGCCAUUGAAGAUGCUGUGCAGAUGGCAACUGGACCUUUGCAAAGACACGACACCAUCAGAAAACUUGUGAAACAGCUUCAGGAUGGAGCAGAAGCUCAGUGGUCCAAGCCUCUGCUCGCUGCAGAGGUACGAAGAAUUAUACCUACAUGUGUGGGAUUUCCUGCUGAAGUCAGCCUGUACUCUGCAGCCGUGACAGCCUCUUCAGCAAAUGUCCAGACUCGUAUGUCACCUGCUCCUGCUGACAAUUUCCAAGUAUCUCAGUUGUUGAACACUAACAUUCAAGUUCAAGCAGAAUUAACUCCCAGCAUCUCCCUGCACACAGUAGCAGUCAUGGGCAUCAACACUCACUUAAUUCAGAGUGCAGUAGAGAUUUACGCAAAAGGACGAGCUGCCAUUCCUAUGAAGUUUGUGGCCAGAGUUGACUUAAAGGAAAUGAAUUUCAAAAUUGAGUCGGCACCAUGCCAGCAGGAGGAAGAGAUUCUAAACCUGAGGGCUGAAGCUUUCGCUGUAACCAGGAAUGUGGAAGAUUUGUCUGCAACUAGGAAAACUCUGAUAGUGCCAGACUCUGCCGAAAGUAACAUCUUGAAACAGCAAUUUACAUCCCAGCAGCAGUCAUCCAGAGAACAUUCACAAGGAAUGCCAAAGAUGUCUUCGGAAAUCCAAUCAGCAGAAAUUCCCUAUUAUGCAGAAGGUGCACCACAUAAGCACAUGGCCAACUACUAUCGUCAAUCCUGUGCUAAAGCUACCAACUUUGGAUUCCAGUUGUGUUAUGAGGGCAAAACCCAGAAUGCUGCUUUCAUAAGGAAUUCAUGCCUAUAUAAGGCUGUUGGACAACAUGCUGCAAGAAUUGUACUCAAGCCAGCUCACUCUGAAGGUACCAUUGAAAAACUGCAGGUUGAAAUCCAGGCAGGAGCAAAGGCUGCUUCCAAAAUUAUUAAAAUGGUUUCAUUGAAGGGGCUCACUGAAGAAGAAACUGAAGAAAAUCCUGAAGGCAAAAACGUUUUGCUGAAACUGAAGAAAAUCCUCACACGAGAAGAGGUUAGAUUAACGAACAUGACAUACAGAAAAUCCAGCUCCAGCUCUUCAUCCUCAGAACCAUCUACAAGUUCUUCCUCAAGUUCUCAGAGCAACAGCAGCCAGUCAAGUAGCUCCUCAAGUCAGGAGAAACUUGUCGCGCAAGAAGGACAGGAAAACCUCAAAGCCAAGCCUAGACGCCGUACCUCUAGCUCCUCUUCUUCCUCCUCCUCAUCUUCAUCCUCAUCAUCAUCAUCUUCUUCCAGCAGUCAGUCCUCCUCACGUAGGAGAGAAAAGCCUGAUGAACUGAAUCCACAAAAAGAGAGGAGUCAAAGAACAAGAAGCCGUGACCGAAACAGGAGGAGGAGCAGCAGUAGCAGCAGUAGCAGCAGCAGCAGCAGUAGCAGCAGCAGUAGUAGCAGCAGCAGCAGCAGUAGCAGCAGCAGAAAAUCAUCAGAUAACAGUCAAAACAAGAAGAAACGACAGCAAGGAAAUAAACAGGCCUGGAGUGUGAGCAGCUCUGUUAGCAGCAGCCAGUCCUCCAGCGAGUCCAGCCAGGAGCAGCCAAAGAGAGAACCUGAGAUUUAUGAAUACAAAUUCAAAUCUGCUCACAUCCACCUGCAUGGUGACAGAAGGCAGUCAAGUAGCAGCAGCAGUAGCAGCAGCAGUAGUAGCGCCUCUAGCUUUGCUGAAGUAUCACAGAAGCAUAGAUUCCUUGGUGAUAACUUGCCUCCAGUGCUUGCCAUUGUUGCUCGGGCCAUCAGGACCGACGGAGAGAAACGAGGAUACCAGGUGGCCGUUUACAGUGACCUGACAGCUUCGAAACCAAGAGCACAAGUGAUAGUGGCAGAACUCACUGAAAAAAGCAGAUGGCAGAUCUGUGCUGAUGCCAUAUUGCUCAGCAAGCACAAGGCAAUGGCUGUAACACAAUGGGGUAAAGAAUGCCAGGACUACAAAAUCGCUUUUAAGGCAGUGACUGGACAGCUUGGUGCACAUCCAGCUGUGCAGCUCAAAACACAAUUUUGGAAGAUCCCUACUGCAGUGAAGAAGACGGCAAAAAUGAUGGCAGAAUAUGCUCCAAGUGCUGCUUUCUAUUUUGGCUUUUCUCAGCAAAGGCAAAGUAACCCAUCCAGAGAAAUGACAGUCACUUUAGCAGCAACUUUCCCAAGAGCUAUUGAUGCCGUCAUAAAGAUACCAAAGAUGACCUUUUAUAUCCGUGCUGUCCAUAUCCCCAUAGCGCUGCUUGUUGGAGUACAUGCUUUAGAUCAGCAGAAGCAGGCAGGCUGGAGUAUCCUUGCUGACCUUCCUGACAUGUUUGCUGACUCCUAUUCAGCCCAGUGCUCAGCUUCUUCUUCAAAUCUCCUGACAACCUUCAACAGUGUGAGAGUCAACAAUGAAAUGCCCGUAUCUUGUUACCAAGUAUUGGCACAAGACUGUAGUGAUGAGCACAAAUUUAUGGUGAUGCUGAAAAAGGACGAAAUAUCCGAACGUAACAGGAUUAAUGUCAAGAUUGCUGAUAUAGAUGUUGACAUGGACCCCAGAGGUGACGCCAUGUCCUUGAAGGUUGAUGGUUUGGAAAUACCCGCUGUAAAUCUCCCAUACACAGACUCAACUGGCUCUGUAACAAUUGAACAGACUGGAGAUGGCUUGUCUCUCCGUGCUGUGAGCCAUGGACUAAGUGAGAUCUACUUUAAUGGAAAUAGCUGGAAGAUUCAAGUUGAUGCCUCCAUGGCUGGGCGCACUUGUGGAAUUUGUGGUCGUGGUGAUGGAGAAACAAGAGAGGAGUAUCAGAUGCCAAAUGGAGAGGCAGUGGAGAAUGCACAAAGUUUCAUGAAUUCAUGGGUGAUUCCAGGAGACAGCUGCAAAAACGCACAAGCAUGCCGAAUGCAACAUGAAUCUGUAAAGCUGGAGAAAGAGGUCAACCUUGAAGGACAGAACUCCAAGUGCUACUCCGUGGAGCCUGUGCUGCGCUGUUUGCCAGGAUGCUCACCACUCAGAUCAGCUCCUGUGACUGUUGGAUUCCACUGCCUCCCAGCUGAUUCAUUUGUGAGCCGACCUGACAAUAUGGCCUACUUCUCUGAUAAGAGUGUGGACCUCAAAGACACCGUAGACUCUCAUGUGGCCUGCAGCUGCAACAGAUGUGCUUAAAUGAACAAGGUGGGCCGAUGGAACACUGAGAAGAUGAAUUGUGUCUCCUCAUGCAAACUUUAAUUCCAAGUUCAAAUUUUUAGAAAGUGGUUGAAAUGUAAUUCAUGGGAACUACCCAUUGAAAAAUACAUCAUUCAAAUGUAUUUAUAUUUGUCAAAAGAUUUCAGAUAUAUAAUAAAAUGCAUACAAAGAAA